UAUACAACCUAUUUGUUCAACUCUUGGAAAAGUAGGUAAUUCAGAAACCUAUUUUCAAAUACUCCUACAUCCUGGGACUGGGUACGUGGUGGGCAGGUUCAAAAGAACAUACUCAGCCGUAAACAAGAGAGACAAAGAAGCAAAACCACUUCAUACUGGACCCACGUUUUUCCCUAACCCCUGUGCUCACCCUUUUCAGGGGAGGCCAUCUCAGACCGAUUGUGUGAUCUGGGAUGAAGUCUCAUGAAGUCCCAUACUGGAGCUGACAUUAAUAGUCAGCAGAAACAUCCCAAGCUGGUUUUCCCUCAAGUAAAGACCUGUCCCUCCUUUGGCAACAAAGUUAACCCACAAGGUGAAGUUGUAGCAUUUCAAAGCCAUGUCCAGUCGAAGAAAGUCCACAACCCCUUGCAUGAUCCGACCUAACGACUUAAUAGAUCAGGAUGAACCAGAAGAGAUGGACUCCUGUGUGGACAGCACGGUUGAAAAUGGAUCCUCUCACGUGCCUUCCAACGAGGACUGGACUAACGGCGAGAGCCCCACGUGUUCUGCGCGGGAGGCACCUGAACCUGAGAAGGCCGAGCCAGAGAAGAAACCACAGAAGAAGCUUCAGGGAGGAUAUGAAUGCAAAUACUGUCCCUUCUCCACACAGAACCUGAAUGAGUUCAAAGAGCAUGUGGAUUCCAACCAUCCCAAUGUUAUCCUCAACCCUCUGUAUCUGUGUGCUGUCUGCAACUUCAACACAAAAAAGUUUGACACGUUAACGGAGCACAAUGAAAAAUGUCAUCCCGGGGAGAGUAACUUCAAGUUUAAGAGAAUCAAACUCAACAGUCAGACUAUUCUUGAGCAGACAAUCGAAGGCUCAAAUUGUGCGGUCAUAUACGACUCAACGAGUUCCCAAGCUGGAGAAGAUUAUUCCACUUAUCCUUUAAGCAAAUCCACAGGAGUGAAGAUUGGUAAACCAAAAACGGAAAACAAGCGGUCACUGGUUGAUAGUCAGAUGGAUAAACUCAAUCCAGAGCUCCCAAAAAAGCAGAUUACUGCUGUGAAUGUAAAUGGAACUGUGAUAAUCCCAGAGGCGACGCUUAAAGAUGGACUUUCUCACAUAAUGCCAUCCCUACAACGGCCGCCUAAUUUCAAUUUAGUACCAAAAAUUGCUGUUCCUUUGAAUACUUCAAAAUACAACCCCUCUCUGGAUGGCAAUUUGACCCUCAUCACUUCUUUCAACAAGUUUCCGUAUCCAACCCAAGCUGAGCUGUCAUGGCUCACUGCAGCCUCUAAGCACCCAGAGGAACAAAUUAAAGUCUGGUUCACAACCCAGCGCCUUAAACAGGGCAUCAGCUGGUCUCCAGAGGAGGUGGAGGAGGCACGCAAAAAAAUGUUCAAUGGAACAAUCCAACCGGUGCAACAAGCCUUCACUGUAUUGCCUGCACAGUUAACCCAGUCCUCUAAAGCCUCACAGCCUCUCAUCCAGACCGUCCCUUGCCACGUCCUUGGACAAUCCAGCUUGGUGUUGACACCAGUUGCAAAUGGUUCAACUGCAACCUGUGCUCCUAUUGCGCUAACUGUGGCAAAUCAAGUUGCACAGGCUGUCAAAAGGCCCCUUACUGCUCCUGUGGUUACACCUGAAGUGAAGAGACCAUCAAUAAUUCAGACGGUUCAGACAGCUCCCAAGUCUGUUUCACCCAGUCCCAGUCUGUCUUCAGACUGUAAAAAAACACCAGACCAGAUCAGAGAGCUAAAAGCCAGCUAUACCUUGUGUGAGUUUCCCGACGACGAGGAGGUAUAUCGUCUCAUUGAGAUGACUGGCCUUUCCUGGGGAGAGAUAACAAAGUGGUUCAGUGAUCAGCGCCAUGGAAAUCAUAAAAGUGAGCAAAAGAUAAAGACUGAGAAAGAUUGCCAGCCAUUGAAACUGGUAGCCACUCAGUUCCCCCUUCUGGAGAGAGUGAAGGGUAAGUCCUCUGAGCAAAUGAAAAUGUUAGAGGAGAGUUUCCAAAGGACCAGCUUCCCGACACAAGCUGAGAUUGACCACCUGGUGGCUGACACUAGACUUUCCAGAAAUGAAAUUGAUUGCUGGUUUAAGGAGCGUCGUGCACUACGGGAUAAUCUGGAACAAGCUCUGCUGAACUCUAUGGGCUCUAAAAGACUGGAGCAGCAUCUGCAGAGAGGAUCCCUGAAUGGUGUCCAUGAACAAGAGAGCAGGGCUAGGUCCUCACCGGUUCCCAUUCUGACUUCGACAGUUUGCCCUGAACCUAUUGACGGCAAAUCGCUGGGCCUUCUCAAAGAAAUGUUUGCACAAACGCAGUGGCCAUCACCAGAAGAAUAUAACCAACUGGAAAUACAGACAGGACUAGCUCGCACAGACAUAGUCCGCUGGUUCAAAGAUAACCGAUCUGCCUUUAAGAAUGGAACGUUAGAGUGGAUGGAACAGUUUCAGAAUAUGAGCAGCAAAAGACCAAACGGACAGAACAGUUCAUCACUGGUUACAGAGCAAGCUCAGAGUGUUCUGCAAAGGCACUUCCAAGAGGCCAACAUGGUGAAAGGGGAGGAUGUCGAACGGCUGGCGGAACGCUCAAAGAUCACUAACCAGGAAAUUGUGGACUGGUUCACCAACAAGCUUGGACACAGUAUGCCAGAUAUCAGCAAGAAUAGGGACCAACAUGGACAGGCAAGUGUGGAUAAUGGGAGAUGGGUUAAGGUGUCCAUGGCUGCCAACAAUGACGACAAAGACUUGGAAACACAAAAAGUUACUUCAGAUCUGGCUUCAGAAGUUUUGACGACAGAGCAUAGAGUGACAGGGUGAUGUAAGAAAGGUAAGCUCAGCAUACAAGUGUCUAGAAGAAGGUGGCAAGAC